AUGGCAGAGGGGAGCUGGCCCCUGGAGUUCAAAUGGAUCCACAAUGGCACUGAGCUCACACGCUUCUCACAGGAGUACAGGUACUUGAUUCCCUCCCUGGACCGUUCCCAUGCUGGCUUCUACCAAUGUAUCAUCAGGAACCGUGUAGGAGCAUUACUACAGAGGAGGACUGAAGUGCAGGUUGCAUUUAUGGGCGGUUUUGAGGAGGGUGAGCGCGCCCAGUCGGUCUCUCAGGGGGAGGGGGCAGUGGUUCCCGCUCCACGCAUCAGGAGCUUUCCCCAGCCGCAGGUCACAUGGUUCAGAGACGGACGCAAGAUACCGCCCAGCAGCCGCAUAGCCAUUACUCUGGACAACACUCUGGUCAUCCUGUCCACAGUGGCCCCUGAUGCUGGACGUUACUACGUACAGGCUGUCAACGACAAGAACGGCGAAAACAAGACCAGCCAACCCAUAACCCUUUCUGUCGACAAUGUUGGUGGGCCUGCAGACCCCAUCGCCCCCACCAUAAUCAUCCCCCCAACAAACACCAGUGUAGUGUCAGGCACGUCUGAAGUCACCAUGGAGUGUGUCGCAAACGCAAGACCGCUGAUCAAACUCAGCAUCACAUGGAGGAAGAACAGGAUUCUGGUCACCAGUGGUCUGAGUGACUUCAACCGCAGACUGACCAUUAUCGGCCCUGUGGUCAGUGACUCAGGGUUCUAUGAGUGUGAGGUGGUCCUCCGCAGCAGCAGUGUGCCUUCUGUCAACGCUGGGGCCUACCUACAUGUUCAAGAGCCUCCCCAGUUUGUGAAGGAACCAGAGAAACACAUCACUGCUGAGAUGGAGAAAAUUGUGGAUAUCCCCUGUCAGGCACGAGGUGUGCCUCAACCAGACAUUGUGUGGUAUAAGGAUGCGGUGCCCAUCAGCCCAGUGAAAACCCCCAGGUAUAGGGUGUUAGUGGGGGGCAGUUUGCAGGUCAACGGCCUUCUUCCUGACGACACAGGGAUGUUCCAAUGCUUUGCACGGAACCUGGCAGGAGAGGUGCAGACCAACACCUACCUGGCUGUCACUAGCAUUGCCCCUAACAUCACAGCUGGACCAUCUGACAGCACGGUGAUUGACGGCAUGUCAGUCAUUCUCCACUGUGAAACAUCAGGAGCACCAAGACCAGCUAUCACCUGGCAGAAAGGUGAGCGUGUUCUGGCCAGUGGUUCUGUUCAGCUGCCCAGGUUCACCUUGCUGGAGUCAGGCAGCCUGCUCAUCUCCCCAUCCCACAUAUCAGACGCUGGCACCUACACCUGCAUGGCCAGCAACUCCAGGGGCAUAGACGAGGCUGCUGCUGACCUUGUGGUGUGGGCUCGCACCCGUAUCAACACCCCCCCUCAGGACCAGAGUGUCAUCAAAGGCACCAAGGCCACUGUGACCUGUGGAGUUACACACGACCCCAGUGUCACCGUCAGGUAUGUGUGGGAGAAGGAGGGCUUGGUCAUCAACGCCCAGUCUAUCCCCCGUAUCCGGCUGGACCCGGAUGGUACCCUCCACAUCUCCCAGACCUGGUCAGGUGACAUCGGGACCUACACCUGUAGGGUUAUGUCGGUAGGAGGCAACGACUCACGCAGCGCACACCUCCGAGUCAGGCAGCUGCCCUAUGCUCCAGAGAACCCUGCAGCCCUGCUAAGUUCCUCAGAAAAGAGGGCCAUUAACCUGACCUGGGCCAAGCCCUUCGAUGGGAACAGCCCCCUACUUCACUACAUCCUGGAGGUCUCUGAGAACAACGCUCCCUGGGCUAUCCUCCUGGCCAACAUAGAGCCUGAGUCGACAGCGGUGACAGUCAGUGGACUCAUCCCAGCACGCUCCUACCAGUUCCGCCUGUGUGCCGUCAACGACGUGGGCAAGGGCCAGUUCAGCAAGGAGACUGACCGUGUAUCUCUACCAGAGGAACCUCCCAGUGCCCCUCCCCAGAAUGUGAUCGCCAGCGGCCGCACCAACCAGUCCAUCAUGAUCCAGUGGCAGCCCCCACCAGAGAGCCACCAGAACGGGGUUCUCAGGGGCUACAGCGUCCGGUAUCGUCUAACAGGUCUUCCGGUGGACUACCAGAGUAAGAACAUCUCCAAACCAGACGUUACCAACAUUCUCCUGGAGGACCUGAUCAUCUGGACCAACUACGAGAUAGAGGUGGCAGCCUACAACAGGGCGGGGCUAGGAACCUUCAGCCACAAGGUCACUGAGUGGACGCUGCAGGGAGUGCCGACUAUAGCCCCCAGUAAAGUUCAGGUGGAGGCCGUCAACUCCACGACCAUCCGUAUCACCUGGGCCGCCCCUAACCCUCAGUUCAUCAACGGGAUCAACCAGGGAUACAAGCUGUUGGCAUGGGAGCCAGGUCAGGAAGAGGAGGUCACCAUGGUUACAGUGAGACCUAACUUCCAGGACAGUGUGCAUGUGGGCUAUGUGACGGGGCUGAAGAAGUUCACAGAGUACUACAGCUCUGUGCUGUGUUUCACUACGCCGGGAGACGGCCCCCGCAGCCCCGCUAACGGCCUGAGGACACAUGAAGACACUCCUGGGGCAGUGGGUGACCUGAGCUUCACAGAGAUCCUCGACACGUCUCUCAAAGUGAGCUGGAGAGAACCUGAAGAGAAGAACGGAGUCCUCACAGGGUACCGUAUCUCAUGGGAGGAGUUUAACCGCACCAACACACGGGUGACCCACUACCUCCCCAAUGUAACCCUGGAGUACCGCGUCACGGGGCUGACCGCCCUCACCACCUACACCAUCGAGGUGGCCAGCAUGACCUCCAAGGGCCAGGGAAAACUGUCCUCCUCCACAAUCUCUUCUGGGGUACCUCCAGAGCUGCCUGGUCCUCCCACCAACAUGGCCAUCUCCAACAUCGGCCCUCGAUCCAUCACUCUCCAGUUCAAACCCGGCUACGAUGGAAAGACCUCCAUCUCUCGCUGGCAGGUAGAGGCCCAGGUCAGUGUGAUAGGAGACAAUGAGGACUGGGUGAUUGUUCACCAGCUGCCCAACGAGCCUGAUGCCCGAUCCCUGGAGGUGCCAGGACUAAACCCAUACACAUUUUACAGGUUCCGUAUACGUCAGGUGAACAUUGUGGGGACUAGUCCUCCCAGUCAGCCCUCAAGGAAGAUCCAGACCUUGCAGGCCCGUCCAGAUAUGUUCCCCGCUAACGUCACCCUGCGCACGGCCAGCGAGACCAGUCUGUGGAUCCGAUGGGUGCCCCUACCAGAGUGGGAGUACAAUGGGGACCCAGAGGUGGUGGGAUACCGGGUCCAGUACUCCCGCACAGGCUCCCAGGGCAGGGCGCUGACCCAUGUGAUCGCUGACCGUCUGGAAAGGGAGUUCACCAUCGAGGACCUGGAGGAGUGGACAGAGUACGAUGUCAGGGUUCAGGCUCUCAACGGCAUCGGGGCCGGGCCCUGGAGCCAGCCUGUCCGAGGAAGGACCAGGGAGUCUGUCCCCUCCUGUGGCCCCACCAACGUGUCAGCCUUUGCCACAACCUCCAGCAGUAUCCUGGUGCGCUGGUUUGAAGUACCAGAACCAGACCGGAAUGGACUGAUCUUGGGAUACAAGGUGUUGUAUAGGGAGAAGGACUCUGACUCGUCCCUCCAGUUGUGGACAGUGGAGGGGAACGCCAGCCACAGUGUCCAGCUGACUGGUCUGGGGAAAUACGUCCUCUAUGAGAUCCAGGUCCUGGCCUUCACCCGCAUCGGAGACGGCAUGCCCAGCUCACCACUCAUACUGGAGAGGACUCUGGACGACGUGCCCGGCCCUCCAGUGGGCAUCCUGUUCCCUGAGGUCCGGACCACCUCAAUGCGUCUCAUCUGGCAGUCCCCGUCCCAGCCUAAUGGUAUCAUCCUGGCCUAUCAGAUCACGUAUCGUCUGAACUCGACCAAUAGCAACACGGCCACAGUGGACGUGUUAAAACCGAGUGCUCGACAGUACACGGUUACUGGCCUGAAACAAGAGUCAGUAUACGUGUUCCGCAUCACAGCCCAGACACGCAAGGGCUGGGGGGAGGCCGCAGAGGCACUGGUGGUCACCACAGAGAAGAGAGCUCGCCCUCAGCCCACCGGUCGUCCCAUGGUGCCCCAAGAGAAUGUUCAGGCCCGCAGCGUGUUGUUGUCAUGGGAACCAGGCAGCGACGGCCUCUCUAUGGUCCGCUACUACACCGUGCAGCUGAGAGAACUGCCUGAAAGCAACUGGACCGUCCACUCUGCCUCGGUCAACCACGAGUCCAGCUUCUACAUAGUUGGCAGGCUGAAGCCCUUCAUGUCCUACCAGUUUAGAGUGAAAGCCACCAACGACAUAGGAGACAGUGAAUACAGCGAGGAGAGUGAAGUUAUCACCACACUACAGGACGCCCCUGACGAAGCCCCCACAAUCCUCUCUGUCACACCACACACAACUACAUCCGUGCUGAUUCGCUGGCAGCAUCCGUCUGAGGAGAAGAUUAACGGUAUCCUCCUUGGUUUCCGGAUACGGUACCGGGAGCUCAUGUACGACCGCCUCCGCAGCUUCUCCGUACGCACCGCCAACAGCCCCUCCAAUACUUGGACCGAGCUCAACUCCCCCUACAGCGUGAGAAACCUGAGCGAGUCCUCUCUCACCCAGUAUGAGCUGGAUAACCUGAGCAAACACAAGCGCUAUGAGAUCAGGAUGAGUGUGUAUAACGCUGUGGGGGAGGGACCAACCAGCACACCACAGGAAGUGUUUGUAGGAGAGGCAGUACCCACCGCCCCACCUCAGAACGUGGUCAUCCAAUCAGCAACGGCCACCCAGCUGGACGUGACGUGGGAGCCUCCUCCAUUGGACACUCAGAACGGAGACAUCCAGGGAUACAAGGUGUACUUCUGGGAGAUCCAGCGCAAGAAUGAGACGGAGAGACUGCGCACCCUGUUCCUGCCAGAGGGAGGGGUCAAGCUGAAGAACCUGACUGGAUACACCACCUACAUGAUCAGUGUGGCCCUCUUCAACGCAGCAGGGGACGGGCCCCGAAGCCCCCCAACCAGGGGCCGUACACAACAGGCUGCCCCCAGCGCUCCCAGCUUCAUCCACUUCAGUGAGCUGACCACCACGUCGGUCAACGUGUCCUGGGGCGAGCCUACCUACCCCAACGGCAUCCUGGAGGGCUACCGGCUGGUCUACGAGCCCUGCACCCCUGUUGACGGCGUCAGUAAGAUAGUGACGGUGGACGUCAAAGGGGCCCCGUUCUGGAUGAAGAUCAAGGACCUGGCUGAUGGGGUGACCUACAACUUCAGGAUCCGGGCCAAGACGUUCACAUACGGGCCUGAGGUGGAGGCUAACAUCACCAUGGGGCCUGGGGAAGGAGCCCCGGGGCCCCCUGGAGAGCCUUUCAUCUCCCGGUACGGCUCAGCUCUUACCAUCCACUGGUCCAACGGUGACCCCGGGAGGUCGCCUAUCACACGCUACGUCAUCGAGGCCAGACCUUCAGAUGAGGGCUUGUGGGAUAUCUUGAUCAAGGACAUCCCAAAGGAAGUGACGUCAUACGCCUUCAACAUGGACAUUCUGAAGCAAGGGGUUAGUUAUGACUUCCGGGUUAUUGGCGUGAACGACUAUGGCUACGGGUCUCCUAGUCCACCCUCAGCCUCCAUAUCUGCCAAAAAGGUGGCGCCAUUCUACGAGGAGUGGUGGUUCUUGGUGGUGGUGGCCCUGGUAGGUCUUAUCUUCAUCCUCCUUCUGGUCUUCAUCCUCAUCAUCAGAGGACAGAGCAAGAAGUACGCCAAGAAAUCUGACUCAGGGAACAACUCCAACUGUAAUGCCCUGACCCAUGGAGAUAUGGUCAGCCUGGACGAGGGACGCUUCCCCGCCCUGGAACUCAACAACCGACGGCUGUCCGUCAAGAACUCCUUCUGUCGUAAGAACGGUGUCUAUACCAGGUCUCCUCCUCGGCCCAGCCCAGGCAGUCUCAACUACUCUGAUGAGGAUUUGAGCACCACCAAGUACAACGAUCUGAUCCAGGCUGAGAGCAGCAGCCUGACAGAGAAACCAUCUGAGAUAUCAGACUCUAAGGGCAGUGACAGUGAGUACGAAGUGGACCAGAACAGACAGAAGACACACUCCUUUGUGAGCCACUACAUCAGUGACCCCACCUACUACAACUCCUGGCGCCGCCAGCAGAAGGGCAUCUCCCGGGCACAGGCCUACAACUACACAGAAUCAGAGUCGGGUGACCCGGAGCCCUGCGCCCCGUCACCACCCCUGCCCCCACUGCCACCCCAGCUCACCUCCACCACCCCUCCACCCCAGCCCCAGCCCCAUGGUCAACCCCAGGGCCUCACACCCCAGGGCCAGGGUAGUCUGUUCAGGCCUAAAGGCAGCCGGACUCCCACCCCCUCUCAGCAGCUCUCCAACUCCACCCCUCCCAGCCACUCCAACACUCUGUCCUACUGGCCCCCCAGCAGCCCCAGCCCAGCCCCUGGAUCUCGGGCCCCCAUCGCCGGGUUCUCCUCCUUCGUUUGAUUCCGAGAGGGAUCUGUGUUCCCUUCUGAAAACAAAAGCCACCCUGCUGCCCAACGUGUCUAGAGAGUAAAUACCCAACACAAAAGAAACCCUUGGAAUCCACCAUUUUGAUUUCUGUUUCUCCGUUUUUUCUUACUUGUUUUUCUUCUUUUCUUUUUAUUACUGAGUUGUGUUUUAAGGAUCAUACUGUACACAGACAGGACAGAAGUGACAUACUUUAUUCCAGUACAUUGUUCCUCUUGUGUGCGUGUGCUGGUAUAGUUUUAUUUCCAUUCUUUAACCCAGAGACAGUUGCUGAGAACAUGUUUCUGUUUGAUUGAUUUGCAUGAGUUUCAAUGUAUUGUUUAUUUUCUAUUUUUCAUUGUUACACUUCUACACACAUACAACAAGAGAAUAAUUUAGUUAGAUACUGUAAAAAGGCAAGAGUUUAUUGGAAAAAUAUAUCUACAAGACGAUAAGUGUCAUAGCGUCAAUCCACACUCGGAUAACAAGCACCAAUGAAACUGGGAUCCCAAAAUGGAGCCAUACAAGCGAGUGAAAUGAGUAGAGUUUGAAGGAUGGAAAGAGGAACAGGGUAUAGAAAAGACAAAGUAAUGAAAGUGAGAAGGAAGGGGGAGAUUGAGGCUGAAAUGAGCCCACUGGCAGUCUUUACAUGCCCAGUCCUGUCCAAUUAGGUCAAUUCAGUUUCUGGGUGUUAAUGUGAGAUAUGUUAGUGACCUCCCCCUAUUUAACCUAUGGACCAUGAUCCUCAGCAGUUAUCUGGCCUGGCCUAUAGGGUACGCACUAUUGAGUCUGACAGCAUUUCGAUGUCACAGGCAGGUCACAUCUCUGUGCUGUACACCAAGUUCCUAAUUGCCUGCCUGCCUUGGCAGAUAUGGGAAAUGUACUGUAUGUCUGAAGUAAAAAUGUUGAGGUUGGUCUGCAAGUUCUUUGUGUCCUUUAGUGGAUCAGACAUGCCAUGGUUGAUUAUAACUAGGGAUUCAUAUUUUCCUGAAAAUGUUCCCUUACAAGCCCUUCUCAGGCAUCCCAGUAUUCCUGUUGAAAGCGGAAGUGCUAUUUAAAAGCAUAUAAUACCAGCGAAGGAAAUCUGACAUUAUUCUACCACUGAAAAAUAUACACAGGAAUCUAACAGUUUCUUGUUUUUGUUUCAUUUUAAUCAACUAAAAGUUCUCAAAGUCACCACACUAUUUCGUUGAUGUAAUCUAGUUUUAAUGUAGGCAUAUGAAGCACUGUUGGCCGACUUGUAAAAUAUCCGGAGGUUAUUACAGCCUAGUGAAAACUUCAUUCGUUUUAGCCUACCAUUGACGGAAAGCUUGUUGGUCCUUUCCUCUCACUAUCAUGGGAAUGAGGCCAAGUAGUGGUUGUUUUGACGACAGUUUAGUCAUUUAGCAGACUCUCUUAUCCAGAGGGACUUACAGGAGCAAUUAGGGUUAAGUGAAAUGCUCAAGGGCACAUCAGAUUUUUCACCUCGUCGGCUCGGGAUUCAAACCAGCAAUCUUUCAGUUACUGGCCCAAUGCUCUUAACCGCUAGAAUACCUGCCGCUUACUGUGUUGCCUUAGUCUUAGGGAAUGUAGUCUGAUGCUGCGCUAAAUAAACAGAAAAGCAAAUGGCCGCAGUAGCGGAGAUUCAGCACCAUGGUUUAUCAAUUCCCUGCGGAUCUUUAAAAUCCUGCUCUCACUUCUGUUAGUGUAACAUCAUGGAACAACGUUGCAAAUGUCUAUUUCCUUGAGUGCUUUUGCGGACACCAUGUAUCAGCCGUUUUGUUAACAGUGAGGAGCAGUUUAUAUUUUGGAGCCUCUGCCAGUGCCGCAAAGCUAGUUUGGAGAUUUGUGAACGUGAGAUUGAGAUUCAACGCAGUUAUGGUAAGCAAAGGUCACAUGUAGUCUGCUACAGUUUUAUGUUAGUCAACGAUGCCAGUUAAAAGGAAUCAAUUGGGGACUUGUGUUGAGUAGUCUGAAUUGGUAGGCCGCUAGCAUUGUGAUCAGUGGUCUAAUGUGUGGAUGAAGUCAGAGUUAAAAUCUGUUUAAUAUUUUUCCAUAGAAAUUAUAAAGUGCCUUUGGAAACUAUUCAGAUCCCUUGACUUUUUCCACAUUUUGGUAGG